AUGGGAAACGAAUGCAGUUGCGGAGAAGUGAACAGCGCGAAAGCGCGAAUGUUUAACGGAGAAGGGAACAGAAAGCUGCAACACGUACACCUGUGCUGGGAUGAAGAUGUGGAGAAAAAUCUCCUAAGCGAGAAUGAAGAGACGGAGGAUGACAACUAUUUCUAUCGUUUGUGGGGAAAGAAAAAUAUGAACAAGUCAGGUGAAAAAGGAAAAAACAAAAACGAGGAAGAUAUCGAUAAAUGGAACAUUUUUGGAGAACAACUUGAAGGAGACUACAUGAUUAACGUGAAAAAGAUACUUAUGUAUGUUAGGGAGUACGAGGAAGAUUUUUUCCUUUUCUUUAAAAAGAGAAAUGCCACAAGUUUGAUCUUACUAAAAUAUAUAGUGCUAAAUUACCGACAGUACAUGCUGUGCAUUGGGGAUACAGGGGUGGUGUACAUCGGGGAAGUCAGUCCAAAUAAUGAGAAACACGGCUUAGGAGUGAUCAUUACACCUGACCAGUGCAUGUACAUUGGAGAGUUUGAGAAGGAUCAAAUUACAGGGUUCGGUUUGUACGUCCACUUUUCUCGAAGUAUAUAUGUGGGAUACUGGAAGGGAGGAAAGACAAAUCACUACGGCAUGUUUACGCAUACCGAUGGUACCUUCUACAAAGGAUUCUGGUCAAAUGAUAAGCAGAAUGAAAAGGGAAUUGAGCAUGUUCAUGAGAAUUAUGUCUUUUUAGGGAAUUACAGAAAAGGAGAAAAAAAUGGCUUUGGAGCUUUUAUUCUGAAAAAUGAGUCUAUGUAUAUUGGGCAUAUAGAAAAUAACUGUUUCUCCAAAAAGGGCAUUUACUUUUUUAAUAGGAAGAAAAUGUAUAUAACGAAUUGGGAGAAGAACUGCAUAGGGGGUGCUUGCGAAAUCGUGUGGUCAGACAGGAGGCAGUUCUAUGGCUACCACUGUGCGAAUAAUAGGAAGGAGGGCAUAGGCAUAUAUAAGUGGAAUGAUGGGAGAAUCUAUUUUGGAAAUUGGCUUAACAAUAAGCAACACGGUUAUGGAAUCUUCAUUGUGAUCAAGAACAUUAGGGAAUAUGAACGGAGAGAAAAGGCCCCUUUUUUCCUCUUUUUCGAGCAGACAAAGAAGGUGAAGGAGUACUUCUUUUUAACUCUCUUAAAGGAGUCCUUUUUUGAGAAGGGCCGGGUGAGAGGCGAGCUGGAGUUGGCCAUCUGGGGAGGAGCGGCACAACCCUACGCGGUACGCGGCAAGGUAGGUGGUGUCGCUUCACAGGAGGGCCCCCUAAACGGGGUGACACCCCAGUGUAACAACCUCCACGCGUACCUCUUCCUAAACACGCUACUCCGCAUGAGGUAUUACCAGACCUGCCGCUCCUACUUCGACCACUUGGAGAAGAAAAAGUGCAACAGCUUCAAAUUUAACUGUACCUUCUAUGAAAGGGUAAAGGAGCACAUUUGUUCCGUGACGAAUAGCCACUUGAAUGGCCAUUUGAAUCGGCGCGCGGGGCGGAAGCGAUGGGGGGGCAGCGACUCGCCUGUGUGGAGCGUCCUCCAGGGGGAGGCAGGCAAUACCAGUGAAGAGGCGGGCAAUACGAGUGAAGAGGCGGGCAAUACGAGUGAAGAGGCGGGGAAUACGAGUGAAGAGGCGGGCAAUACGAGUGAAAAGGCGAGCAAUACGAGUGAACAGACCGACCACACCGAUGAAUCGGAAGAGAGAAAUCGAAGCAAUGGUAAAGAGUCCCACCAGGGGUACCACCCCUUUCGAGAGAAUGCCCCCCAGCAGAAGAAUCACACAGAGGAUAAUAAUCACACCCCCUUCGAAGAAAUAGAACGUCUGAAAGAUUACCUAAGAUGCCUUAACCUGAGCCAUAUCAGCGAAAGAGACAUCACCCCCCACAGCCCCCUGUUCGAACUGGCAUCUAGAAACCUUCUCCUUAAAUUGGGGAGGUGGGAAAAUGGGAUGCUGCAGGAAUGGAUUCACUCCAGCGAUGGGUUGCGUACACCAGGCGGAAGUGUCGCGAGGCAGGCAGGAUCACCAAAUGGGAAAAAGGAAAGAAAAAAGAAAAAAAAACCCACGCAGGAAUUGCUCCCCAGGCAGUAUAAUCGCUCUGUGAUCGAUAAAUUCCUGGACCGCAUGUCUUCCUCUGAGGGGGGCAGCAGUGAUAGUAGUGAGGAGGACAUCCACAAGAACCGCCAUACGAGCGGCGAUAUGAGCGGCCAUAUAAGCAGCCAAAGAAACUGCCAACCGCACCACAACGAUGGGGGGCAGCCCCCCUUCGGCGAUGCUCGCAAAGGGAAGAACCCCUCAGUAGUCCCCAGGAAAGGCCUUCCACGGGGAACCUCCCCCAUUUUGCGGGGCCACAAAUUGCAUGGCGAACAGGAAGGAACCAGCAACGGUAGCGGUUCAGGCGACACGAGUGGGAGAAGUUCCUUCGAGGCAACAUCUUCCACGUCCCAUUUGAGAGAUGGUCACCAGGCAACCAUCCCUCUCGUAAAGGGACAAAUAAAUGUGCAGAGUAGUUCUACCGAUAUGAAUAGCAUAAGGAAGGCAGUAUAUCCAGGGGGAGUCCCAACGGAAAGCAUCCUCCACAAGGAGAGUUCCAUUACAUAUGAAAUCACCAAAGAGAGUGAUAAAGUGACGACCCAAGACAGAAAAGUAAAUCGAAUGAACAGAGGGAUCAAUCAGAAGGGGGAAGAUGACCAAGGAGACGUCGAUAGUAUUCACGAAAAUGAUGUGCGACAUGCGAUGCAGGGGGAGAAGGGGUCCCGUCUGGGGCAGGAAAGUGACUCUAUGGGAGGGAAGAAACGCGAGCAACGGAACGGAAGCAGCAGCAGAAAUGGGUCACGUGGGGUCAACAUAAAUGAUUCACAUGGGGUGAGCAAAAAGGAUCCACUUGGAGAGAGCAGUAAGGAUCCACGUGGAGACAGCAGUAAGGAUCCACGCCGAGUCACUAAAUUCCGCCCCCAUUUUCCGAGCCUUCCAGAGAAAGACGAGGGAGACAUCCCUUCCAGUGUUACCACCUCUCACAACUACGAUUUGCCAAAGAAGGGAUUCUCCCUAAUAUGGAGUCUGAAGAGAAUGAAGAAUUCCCAUUUAUCCGCCAAUGAGAACAUAACAUUUGAGGCACCGCAGCCGUAUGACUAUGGAGAAGACAGCGAAUCAGGGACACGCCAUAAAAAGAAGAAGUCCUUUUUUGGCAGGUUCCUGCAGGGGGGCCGCCGUACGAGGGGGGAAGCAAAACGGGAGGAGUAA